AUGGAGCGAAUUUACCCGUGGAUCUACACCGGAAUCGCGCGCCAGCUGAGAAUGCAGGGAACGGCUCCGAUGCUGCUGAGCGCGAUCACCCGCGAUCUCUUCAAGUUGGACAUCCCGUUAGGCAAGGUCGCCAUCACCGGCGGCUUCUCGGCCGACUGCAUCCGCCAGGGUCACCCGGAGUAUCUGCCGAAGCUGCUGGAAGGCUUGGCGAACGUGAUCGAGGACGAGCCUGUAGCGUGGAUCUCCGAGGAGAAGAUCACCUUUACGGGCCGCUGCCUGGUGUGGGCCUGCUGUGUGAUGGGACUGUUCAUUGUGGUGUUUCUCCUUAAGACCUUCG